AUAACAAUCGCAAUGGAGAUACACAGAAAAGUAUAACGACCCCCUUGAAAGAUAUUUCCUGCGAAGCCAUAAUCGAAAUCACGACAUCCCGCGCACCAUGAGUCUAGUGAAACCAAACGUUCCGGAGGGCUUUGCCACCAUCCGGACACGGGGACUAACCCGAAGCACCAGCCGUGUCGAACAGAUGCCCAGCGCCCGCAGAAGCUCCACUUCGGCCAUGAAACCGUCCAGCUCGGGACCGCUGUACGAAAACAACGGCAACAGCUUGGCGUACAAAAGUACGUCGGCAACGUUAAUCUGUGUUCCUCCGCCUGUCCCACCGAGAACCAGCUCGGAGCUUUCCACGGGACGGAACGAACCGAAAGAGGUGGAUGACAAGGAGAAUUCUAACAAUCCGUACAGGAAUGAUGACGACGUCUUCUGCACAGCUAGCUUAACUUACGAAACUUUUAAGCCGUUGAAGAGCCCCACAUUGAAGGAAGAAGACGCGAGCGAUUACAUUAGCUUGAUGCAGUCCUCGGAAUGUAUCGACCGACUGAACUACGAUUUUGAACUGCCUCCUUUGAAGAGUCCCCAGUACAUCACCGAACUGAAACUUAUUCAAUCGAAGGCAAUCGAUAGUGGCACUCUAUUCUCCCGACCGGAGAGUCCUCCGUACGGCAAAAUCCGUAACAGCUACCGUUCGUCAACUCCGGAGAGCGUCGAUAACUGCUCUUCCGGAUCUUCCACCUACUCCAACCCUAUCAACAGCGGAAAAAGCACCAGCUUGAGUGGAUUUCUCGGCCCUGACGAGUCCACCAAACCACUACUGAACAGCAAAUCAACCACGCUUCAGUACAGAAAAUCCUACUCCAGCUCCCGCUCGGAGAUCAUCUACGAAGAGCCAAAGAAAUUCCUGGCCAUGGGCAGCCAGUCCAGCGAUACGGACUCCGGUUAUGACGGUGGCCCCGGCAGCUACCCAAAAAUCCACAAAAGUGCCGAACUGCUAAACGUCCUGGACUCGGGCCGCCCUCCGCUAACCCGAGGUUACUCCACGAUGGGACACCCGCGGGACGCCCCCCAAAUCGGCGGCCGUCCCUAUCACCCGCCGAAACCCAAGGUCGGCGAGAGCAAGUCGACCUCGUCGCUGAACGAAGCUCAUCUCGGUCAUUCAUCCACAACCGCCGCCAAACCGGAACAGCAGCUACUGAACCAGAAGGUCGGUAGCCAGACCACUCUCCGGAGUAAGCCCAUUAUUCCGUGGUACGAGUUGGCCCUCCGGAAGGAUCACCGCCAGAGCUGUCCGCCGUUGCAGUCUAACGCUGUAACUGCGUUUGAGCAGAAUCUGGUCAAUGUUUCGCAAAAGUUGCAGAAAAUGACGACUUCAACGGAUGAAAAGGACAGCGAAAUUCGAGAGAUGAAACAAACGAUCGAGCUUCUCCGGCAGCAGUCAGCAGGAAUAGCCGCCACUCAGCUACUUGCGCUCACUUCUUCCCACGGUACGACGGCUAGUGGGACUGCGCAAUCGCAAGCAGCCCCCACCAACGGAGAGAUGAAGCGUCACCAUAGUACGGACUCGAUGUACUCCGCAAGUUCAACGAGCACCAGCUGUUCCAACCAGGACAAGAUAUCGAAGAAGAAAAGCGGCUUUCGGCAUUCGUUGCAAAGGGCCUUUUCCCGCAAUCAGAAAGGUUCCAAGGCUAGUCGUCCGGUCAGUCAGAGUUCCAAUCCGGAUCCGGACUUUAUGCUGAUGAACUAUCCAAGCCACGAAGACGUCUGUAUCAGUCCACAGCCGUACGUUCCACCGUUGUCUCCGACGAAGAUUAGCCCACCAAAUUCGGCCAGUCCUAUUCAGAAUGGCGAGCAACACAUCACGUUCGAUCGUGACGGAAAUCCGAUAGUCACCCACCUAGUGAAACAGCUUCGUGACAAGGAUCUAGUCUUAACCGACAUUCGGCUGGAGGCUCUCACAACUGCCUCUCAAGUGGAAAGCCUAAAGGAAACGGUUAUGAAGAUGCGCCAGGAGAUGAUGUCCCUUAAGCAGAACAACGAUCGGCUUCAACAGAUUGUUACGCGACGGUCGAUCACUGGAAGCGAACUUUCCCUAGGAUCAACCAGCCCCACAAGCUCUGUAGGUGAAUCCCGACGAUACAGUGCUGCCGUAGACUACCUCAGCGGUCGUCCUAUGCUCGAUCUUCCUCUGGACCUGGACGAAGGCGAAGAGGACAACAUCCCACCGGCCCCGGCCCCAGAACCACCUCCAGAACCCCUCAGCCCUGCCUUCAUCGCCGACAUGUCCCCAACAAUCGAACGGCCCAUGAUUCCCGACUCGGAGAUCAUCUCCAUCGCCAGCGAGUCCAUGGUCGAUCAAAUCGACGGCAAGAAGAUCGCGAUCGCAGUCUACCUCGGCCAGAUGGACCAAUUCCCCAAAUACCUCGAAGAAAUGAACGAGAACGGCCAUCAGGAAAACGGGAAAAUCCGCCAGAACGAGUUCACCAUCGCCUUCACGUACGUGUCCACCAAAACCAGCUGGCAAAGCCUGGACUACAUCAUCCACCGGAGCUUCAAGGACUUCCUCGAGCGGGUGGACCCCGGUGGUAACCUCGGGCUCAGCACGGAAUCGAUCGCCAGCUAUCACGUUGGUGAGGCGAAACGAGCCUACGAUGUCCGCCUGCCCGAGCUGCUACCCUAUGGGUACAUCAUCGGUAAUGUCGACACGAUGUACAUCUGCCUGCGAGGCGUUAGCAAUAUAGCCUUAGAUAAUCUCAUCAUCAAGAACAUGGUGCUACGAUACAAAUCAUCGGCUGUCGUCGAUCCCAAGCGAAUGGCUGCGCGGGGAUCGAUGGAGUCGAUUGCAAAUUAGGUGAAAUCGAAAUCAAAAAAUUGUAUUAGGAUAAGGAUAACAGUUUGAGUCAGUUGAAGUUCACAGUUUUCCCACAAGUUGCAAUAGUUCCAUAUUACUUGAUAUUUGCUCCAACCUAUACAUAACCUCUAACCUACACACAACAGUGGAAAGGAUCGCUGGCGAUCCUUCCAAAGCAUGAUUCAGUUCCCACACGCAAAACUAACCGACCCCCAUUAAGACAUCAAACGCAUGAUAUUCAGCAAUUACAAGUGUCUUCGAUCCACGUGGAGACUGAUUAGUAACGUGUUAACAUGUUAGCGUUAGUUACGAUUCUAUAACAUUUCAAGGUAGCUAUACUCUAAGAUAUUUAAACCCAACCCCUCCCCCCUUUUUCCUUCGUUCGACAAUAACGGUGAUGCUAAAGGAGCUUAAUAGAUUUUGUGUGUUAACACCGAAUAGUAAAUAUCAAUUAACUUACUAGUUUUCGUUUUCACCCCUCCCAAAUAACAACGGUUCAUGAAAAAUUGUGUAAUUCACGUUCUAGUUGAAAUUGACUGCGUUUUAGUCAUCGAAGCCAUGAAUGUUUUGUGCUGAAAUAAAGGUAGCUAUAUUUCGUGAA